GCGGCCUCGCCACUCUGCUCGUCGCCGCCGUCCCCGACCCCAGCCAGCGACGAGCCACCGGGUACCCCCGCGCGUGCCUCAGUCGCGCGACACGUGCCCGAGCGUCCGGACCGCCUCGCCCCCGCGCACAGCCACCCGCCGCUCUCCCUGGCCACCACGCACCACCGCAGCCCCGACCCCGACGAUCCCGACGAGGACCCGGACCUGCAGCCGCGGAUUCUCCACACGCAGACGCUCGCCCUCCACCACCACCCCGAGGACGACAGUGAACUCUCGCCCUCGGCCCACGUCAACUACAAGGACGAGCCCCUCAGUGUCAGUGUCGUCCACGAGGACUCGCAGCUGGACUCCCAUGACUCGGGCUUGCUGAGUCCCAGUGAACUCUCUCCUCGUGAAGGUCAGGUCAGUGUGCCCAGCAUGAUCGACGCGUCAGACUUCAGAUCGCUCCAGCCGGAGCCGAUCUACCAGAACUUGUCGUCUAUGAACGGCAGGAUGUCCCCGCCGGGCUUCUCGCCCUCGUCAGCCAGCAGCUACGCCACUCUGACGCCGCUGCAGCCCCUGCCCCCCAUCAGCACAGUGUCAGACAAGUUCGCGUACGGUCACACGGGUAAUGUGUCAGGCAGUUUCACCGUCAUGCAGAACAACGGGCUGGGCAACAUGCUGUCCAUGGGCUCGCCUUACCAGUACGACAAACUCUCCAUGUCGCCCCCACACUACACCUCGAACAACGGCCUCGGCCUCAACCUGGGCCACCAGCACUCGCCGCUCUCGCCGCACUCCUACCAGAAUGGCCUGGCGUCCCCGCAGAAGUCCCUCAGCCCCACGGGCUACGACUCGCCAUACACGCGGCAGGACAUGAGUCGUACGACCCUGGCAGCGCCCCAGUCGCCCACGCUGUCCCCGCCAGUGUCUCUACAUUCUCCACCACAAGCCUUCUCCACCUUCAGCGCGGCGCCCACGCCCACGCCCACCACCACGUCCCUCAACAUGAACGGGCUGUCGGGCGGCAGCGGGCUGGGCUCGCUCUCGCCCCAGGCCGUGUCCCCACACAGCCCCAACUACAGCCCCCACCACCACCUCCAAGUGCCACCCUCGCCGCCCCCCAUCAAGCAGGAGCCCACCCUGCACAGUGCGAGCCUGGGCUGCCAGCUGGCCAACAUGACGCCCACGAUGGCCACCACCAUGUCACAGAGUCCUCCCCACGCCCACAUGUCGGUCACGAUGGCCCAGCAAGCCAUGGUCCCGUCGGCGCCCAUGUCGGUGGCGACGGCGUCCAUAGGCAGCGGCCAGGUGCCCAUGAAGACGGCGCAGAUGGCCACGACGAGCGCGGGGAGCGUGAGCGCUGCAGCGGGCGAGGUCGAGGAAAUCAACACCAAAGAACUGGCGCAGCGAAUUUCGGCCGAACUCAAGAGGUACUCCAUCCCUCAGGCCAUCUUCGCGCAACGCGUCCUGUGCCGCUCCCAGGGCACGCUCUCCGACCUGCUCAGGAACCCCAAGCCCUGGUCCAAGCUCAAGUCCGGCCGGGAGACCUUCAGGCGGAUGUGGAAGUGGCUGCAGGAGCCGGAGUUCCAGCGAAUGUCAGCCCUCAGAUUAGCAGCGUCCAUGGUCACAGGUGGGUACGGCUAUGGCGAAGGACAGCGCGCGUCGGGGGGAGAUCCAGCCUUCUACCAAGAACCUGACAUUUAG